GAGUAGACCCUUUUAUUGUUCAUCCCUUUGCUUUACACAAAGUUAAUUGUUGAAAAUGUACUUGCUCCAGGCUUCAUGCUGAGUGUUUUAUGUACUUUGUCUCUUAAAGAGAGAAGAAGAGAAGCCAAAGAGAAAUUGUAUGAGUUGAGAUAUGAACAGAAAACUUUUUAAAAGCUGUUCAAACAAAUACUGAGAAAUAAGAAUAAAAAGACAUAGUCUAAAGUGAGGAUGGACUGUUAAGAGAGUCUAACUUCUUUCUCCUUUUAAUGAGGAUUAUGGGGCUUGAGAUUAUUACAGACAAUUUGAGCUACCAUAUGAAUAGGAUUACUAUCAGUAAAGGAUAAAGCUAGAUUUAUCUUUUAAAAAAUCUUAAGGGGGCACUUGGCUGGCUCAGCAUGGUAGAGGAUGUGACUCGAUCUCAGGGUCAUGAGUUCAAGCCCCAUGUUGGGUGUGGAGCCUCCUUAAGACAAAACACAACAACAACAACAACAACAGUAAGUAAAUAAAAAUAAAAAACCUUAAGAGUGCAAAAGUCACUUGCUUUUGUCCUACUCCUAUCAUAGGACACCCUUUACGAGCUGCCUGUCACUUAAUUCUGCAGGAAUUAGGAAAUCUUUCCACAUUCCAGGUGGUAUACUAUACACCUGGGGGAUUAGAUAAAUAUGAAUGACCAUUCCGUAUUAAACUAGUAUUUUAUAGGUAGGAAACUGAUGCUUAUGCAUAUACAUGUUGAUCCCCAUCCUUUUAUUUACUUUUCUCUUAGGAAAAUCUUAACGUUUAUUCAUAAGGCUCUUAAUCUCUAAUCAUAAACCAGUAUUUUUAUGGGGAAAAACACCACAAGGCUGGCUAACACAAGUAGAGUGUUCUGGCUCUGUGCCAGGCACCAUUCUCAAAACCUUACUUUAUUUACUGAUUUAAUACUCCAGCAGCCCUAUGGUAUGGGUAUUCUAGCACCAUUUACAGAUAAGAAACCAAACUGUGGCUAUGAGUCUUCCCCUAGAGGCACAGAGGUGGCCUGACUUCAGAGUCCAUGCUAGUGCCCACAGAGCAAGACUGCCAUUUCCACGUGAUUGAAUCAGCCACAAAUAUUAAACUCAAGGUACUUACAACUGCAAACAAAAACAGGUUUGCUGAAUGUGCAAGGAUCCAGUCAAGUCCAGCUGAAGGUGGAUGGGGCUGAGUCUCCCCUUCUCCCAUCUACCUAAUGGUAACUGGCUUCAGACACUGCCAGGGGGCGCUUCUCACAAGCUUAUGUAUCGUUUGCAGGCCCAGAUUAGGGUCAGAUGAGAGCACUCACUUUGGGGUGUAUAAGUUUAUGGCACACCUUUUUAUUUAUCUGUCACCGUACAAAGUUAUUACCGAAUUGACUCUAUUCCCUAUGCUGUACUAGGACAUAGAAAAGAGCUAAUGGAAUCUCUUAAGAAACAAAAUUGGUAAUGCCUUCAUUACCCUAGGCCUUUCUUGGCCUUUGAUGCCCAACCUAAAAAGUAUCUGUGAGGCUAGGGUGCCAAUAGUUGGAGAGAACUUGAAAGAAUGUGGGUCCUAGCCAUGGGCACUCAUGAACUGUAGGAAUUCUUGUCAUUUACCAGGCACUGCAUAAGUGUCAUUAAGGAAAAUUACUGCACGUGUAAGAACUGAGCUAAAUGCCUCUAAAGAGCUUUGACAUGGUUGGGGGCAGAGGAAGGCAACAUUGCUGUGAUGACUGAAAAAACUAAGGAAAGAUAAAGAAAGACUUUUAGGGGUAACGCACUCCCUAAAGACUGAAGUCUUUGCUGGCAGGGCAACUGGAGACACAAAACCUAUUUUGUGGUCACCGGCUGGGCUAGGAUUUAGGUUUUACAUAAGCUUCCUUCUAGGUGUACCUUCAUGCCUCCUUUAAAUCCUGCUAGCCUUAGAGUUGUAGUCCUCAAACUUAGCUGCAUAUGUGAAUCACCUGAUGAGUUAGACACCUGAAGUCCAUGACCUUUUCCUAGUGGUUCUGAUUGAAUUGUUAGUGUCCUAAUUGGAAUAGAGUAUUUGGACUCAGCAUCACCUAGAAUUUGUUGGAAAUGUCAACUCCUGGGCCCAGCCCAGUCCUACUGAAUCAGAGUUUUUGGAAGUGAGGCCCAGCAGUCUGUGCAUUAACAAGAUCUCCAGGUGAUUCUGACGCUUGGAUUCUGAAGUUAGGAGGCCACAGAUGAAGGCAUCACAAUGGUUACAGGUCUCCAGAUAAUUCUGAUAUGCAAUGAAGUUUGAGAACCACACCGUUAAUAAAACUACACUGCAAAGAUGGGGUUCCAGGGCAGCUGAAGGCUGACCAAUCGGUCAUGUUUUCACUCUUCCUCUUAUCAAAACCAUCUGUCUACCCCCGGGUUAGAAACAAGAGUUCGCAGUAUGAACAUGGAUGGUGAAUAGCAUCUAAGAGAAGUCUAGAGCAGGGGAUUUCAAGCCCCAGACAACUUCUCAAUGGAAUAAGAAUGAGUGACUAAGAAGAUGAAAGAAUGUGACCAUGAGCUGAUUGUGAAGACAAAUCUGAUCCUGCAAAAGAGUAGGUUGGAAUGAGUGAUUGUUUUUUCCAUUCUUAAUCUUUCUCUACCUCAUGGAAAAGGACAACAGCUGCCUCUUUUCUACCUUGCUGAAGAGCUGAGCUGUUCCAUCCCCUUACGCUACUUGAACCACCUGCAGUUGAAGGUGGUUACAAGUCUUGCUAUGAUGUUCUCUUAAGAAAUUGGAAGGAAAGCCCACAUUGAACCUGCCUCAAGGUCAAGGAUAUUUAUGAGAAUGAGAUCCAAGAAAUCCUGAAUCUUUUAUGCAUAUCCUUAGAGUCUGGUAAGAGAGCAGAUCCUUUGCAAGAGAGAAAUGAGCAGUGUGCAGGGAGGUAUUCCACGGCAGAAAGUUCACCUAGGGACACCUGCCAGGAUGUCCAGGAGGCUCAGCUCCCAGUUACAGCGAAAAUUCCCGGAAGAUCUCUACUGUGAGAAACACCUGGAACUAGUGCAGUUGUUCUGUGUUGAUGACCAAAUCCUGCUGUGUGGCCAGUGCUUCCACUCUCAGGAGCACGAGAAUCACUCGGUGUGUGGAGUACAAGAGGCUGCUGGCGUUUAUAGGAAGUUAUUCCAGGAGAUAUUGAACACAUUGAAGGAGAAACUCGAAGUAGCUAAAAGCAUAUUGGCUGAUGAGCAAGAAAGAAUGGUGAUGAUUCAGGGAGAAGAGCAGGAUUUUAAAGAGAUGAUUGAGUCUGAAUAUAGAAUAAGGUUCCGGUUGAUGGUUGAAGAGAUGAACUUCCAGAGCCUACAAGACUGCGUAUUCAACCCAAAGUUGAGGGAAGACCAUCUGAAUCAAGUGCUGGCGUUUGCCACAGAGCUGAAGGGGCAGUCCCAGGAAACGCUACAGAGACUGAACGAUUUGGGGAAAGAGAACAUGAAUAAACUGAAGGAGAGUGAAGGCCGGCUUUCAGGACACAUCUGCAGCCUCCAAAAGAUGACUGUAGAGCUGGAGAAGAAGUGUGGGAAAUACACCCUAAUGGUGCUCCAGAAUGCAGGAUCUUCUUUGAUAAGGAGUGAGUCACUACUGCUUCAGUGUCUGGAGCAAGCCCAAAUCACGGACCUGAGUUUAUGCCAAGUAACAGGAAUGAGCAGAAUGCUCAAAGUUCUGCAAAGAGCUGUCACUUUGGAUCCUAAAACAGCUAAUCCCUUUUUGGUCUUAUCUGAGGAUCUGAGAAGCAUGCAUCUCAGAAAUGUCCAGCAGGACGUGCCUCGCAGCCCAGAAAGAUUUGUCUUCAGUGCCACCGUGUUGGGUGUGGAAAGCUUCACCUCAGGGAGGCACUACUGGGAGGUGGAUGUGGAGAAGGCCACCAAGUGGCAGUUGGGGGUAUCUGAAGAUUCUGCCAGCAGACAUGGUGAUCUACCCACCGCUUCGGGAAAUAAAGCCUUGCUCAUGGGUUCUUUGAUGGGAACCAAUUAUACCUUCUGGGCCUUUCCCCCUCUGAAGAGGGUCUCCUUGAGAGGAGAGCAGAUGCACAAAGUUGGAGUCUUCCUAGACUGUGAGUCUGGGCACAUAUCCUUCUAUGAUGUGGCAAACAGAUCCCUCAUUUAUAAUUUCUCUUCCCUCACCUUCCAAGGAGCUCUCAGGCCCAUAUUUUCUCUUUGUAUCCCAAGUGGAGUCACAAAUUCAGACUCACUUAGCAUUUGCCUUCCUCCCGUUUCUUCUUGUGAUGUUACUGUUAGCCCACAGUCUUCCUUGGCAUGAAAUCUAAGAGGGGGCAGAAGAGUUUGACUUUGUAAAAGAAUCUACAUAAAGUAAUCCAAUAAAAGAUUUCUCACACUUGA